UCCGCCAACUUUGGCAAACCUCCAAAAUGGCUUUGCAACAGCCCAUCUUAAAUCCGAGCGUCCCCUUUUGCAGCCCAAUUUUUGGAGGCCUCUGCGAAGGAAAAGUUAUUUUAAUCCAAGGCUGCGUCCCGUUCUCUGCGAAAAGAUUCUCUGUGAACCUGGUGUGUGCGAAUGGAGAUACCGCCUUCCACUUCAACCCACGAUUUGAUGAAGGCAACGUCAUUGUGUGCAACACGCAAGAAAAAGGCUGCUGGGGACCUGAGGAACGGACCUCCCAAAUGCUCUUCCAGCGCGGCGUCUCUUUUGAAGUGGUCAUCAACAUCAGGAGCUGUGGGUACCAGGUUUCCGUCAAUGGGAGCCAGUUCAUAGAUUACCAACACCGUCUUCCAAUGCAUCAGGUCCAGACUUUGCAGAUCAAAGGGGACGUCUCCUUGAGCUGCAUCAGUUUUACAGGAGGAUUCGUUCCACCCCCUUAUGCACCUCCGCCGUACAAUCCCAUCCCGCCUAUGAAUAACAUCGGUGGAAUGACGGUUUGCAAUCCGGCCACCCCGUUUAACGCACCUCUUUCGGGACGUUUCUUUCCCUUCUCCAAGAUCACAAUUAUGGGGAGCAUCCCUUAUUCAGCGGACAGGUUUCACGUGGACCUGAAAAACAUCUUGAUGGGCAACAUCGCCCUGCAUGUCAACCCCCGGUUCAGAGAGGGGGCACUGGUCCGGAAUUCGUUCAUCAAUGGUGCUUGGGGAAACGAAGAGAGAAAUAUUGCCUUCCUGCCCUUCUGUCCCGGGCAGGCCUUCCAGCUGGAGAUCACCUAUCUACAGAACUGCUACCAGAUGUUGGUGAACGGGCAGCUGAAAUUCGAAUACUGCCAUCGGAUCCCUCCCUCUCAAGUGGACCAACUGGAAAUAGCCGGAGACGUGAUUCUUUCCUGCGUCCAGUAUUGAAUGAAUGAAGGCCUCCCAUUUCUGCCUUGAUGGACGGAGGAGAAGGGCUUAUGGGUUGUAGCUCCCAUAUCCCCCUCUAGACCAAUGAACCCAUCCAAGUUUCUGUCACACAUGCUUUCCCCUGCAAAAUAAAAUCGAUCGCAUCGA